GGUCUGGGUCGUGAUAUCAUGGAUCUUCUCCACAGCUGGGGGGUUGAGCUGGCGGUCCAUCUGCAGACCAAAUACAGCAGGUAUGAGGGCUUGUUUAGCCUGGCGUCCACAGUGGCCGAUCUGCACACCACCUUCUUCUGCUGGUUCCCAAUCUGGUUCCACCUGCGGAGGGACACGGGGCUCAGGCUCAUCUGGGUGGCUGUCAUCGGAGACUGGCUCAAUCUGGUCCUGAAAUGGGUUCUUUUUGGGGAGAGGCCAUACUGGUGGGUUCAUGAGACCCGCUUUUAUCGAGCAGGACUGGCCCCUUCUCUACAGCAGUUCCCCAUCACAUGUGAGACUGGACCAGGAAGUCCUUCAGGUCACGCUAUGGGUGCUGCAGGGGUCUGGUAUGUGAUGGUAACAGCGCUACUCACUUCUUUGGCAAAACAAUCAUCAAUUUCUUUGCCUAUUCACUCUGUCAGAUUCUUGCAAAUAAAUUUGUGGACACUAAUGGGCCUGGUAGAGCUGGUGGUCUGCGUGUCCAGGGUCUACAUGGCUGCCCACUUCCCACACCAGGUUAUUGCUGGAGUCAUCACAGGUGUAUUAGUAGCUGAGGCUGUCUCCAAGGUGAAGUGGAUCUACUGUGCAAGCAUGAAGAAAUACUUCUUCAUUACCCUUUUCUUGACCUCCUUCGCUGUGGGCUUCUACCUCCUGCUCAAGGCUCUGGGUGUGGACCUGCUGUGGACCAUGGAGAAAGCCCAGAAGUGGUGCGUGAGAGCUGAGUGGGUCCACAUGGACACCACUCCCUUCGCCAGCCUUCUGCGUAACAUGGGCACCCUGUUUGGCCUGGGCCUGGGCCUGCACUCCCCCCUCUACAACGGCACCAAGAAUAAGAACACAAGUGCCACUUUCAAGAUGGGAUGUAUUAUUGUCUCCCUAUUCCUGCUUCAGCUGUUGGAUGGAUGGACAUUUUCCUCUGAAAACCACAUGACUUUCUAUUGCCUGUCUUUUGGUAAAAGUGUGGUUGCACUUUUAAUCCCCACCACCCUGGUGCCAUGGGCUCUCUGCUGGAUUUGCAAGGAAAAGAGAGAAGACAAGAACUUGUGAUUUAGGACCAACUUCUUGUUUAGGGUCAAUCAUCAGUUCAAUUUUUUUAUACAUACUUGGAUUGUUUUCUGCUACAUUUAUGACACUAGGACAUGUAGACUUUUAGGACUGGCCUGGAUAUGAGUUCCUUAAAAGGAAAAUGAAAAAGUUUUGGAAGAUAAACUUUGCUUUCUUGCUGAGAGUUAGAUGAGAAGAUCGAUACCACUAUUAUGUUUAUGUGCUAAAUAUAAAGCUCCAGCCAGCAGCUACGUAGCUUAGCUUAGCAUAAAGACUGAAAACAGAGGGAAACAGGCGGUAGUCAGCAGAAUUUGUUACCUUCAAACAAAGCCAGGCUAGCUGUUUUCUAGCAGUUUUAUUCUAAGCUAAGCUAAUUGUCUCCUGGCUCAGGUUUUAUGCUUAACACACAAACAUGAAAAUGAUAUUAAUCUUCUUCAAUCUUAAGUAUCUGUAUGAAAGUGAAGUGCAUAUUCAAAAAUAUCAAUUUCUUUAAAAUGCAUACAUUUGCAAAUGUCUGUUUACUGUUAAAUCCUGUUAGAUCAAACUGCUGAUCUUAUAACCUCUCUGAAAAUCAAAUUAUGGUUGUUUAUUUUUGUCUGCUUUCAAGCUCUUUGAAUGUUGACAAGUCUAUUUGCUUCGGAAGACAUUAUCUGAAAGAAGACGAAGGCCCACUUUCUUUGCAGGGUCCUUCAAUAUCAGCAUGAAAAUACACAUGUAAAUGAAUAUUUUUAUAAAAAUGUAGGUAGCACUUCAGUGCUUUUUCAGUUCAAUGAUUA